CGCCAAACCUCCUGCCAACGCUGGAUUUCUCCAUUAAUUUUCUCCAACCCGCCAUCGACAUCGACAUCAACAUUGAUAUUGACGUUGACGUUGACCCUGCGACGCCGCCACCUCUUGGCCUACCGUGAACUUCUCGAUCCUAGAUUGCCCUCUGCGGCUUUUCCCCCCCGCAGUGUGCUCCGUCUACCACCAUGUCCUCGCUCUUCGAAGCUAUCGCUUCCCAGUCCGAUCUGGGCUCCUCGGCCGGCUACCAGGGCGACUCCAGGCGUCUCCUCCACUCCGACCAGCAGCUCCCCAGCUCGCGCCCACACUUGCCCUCCGAGAGUAAUGGGCCCAUGAGCGAUGUUAAUGCCGCCUUUCCAGACGAUCAGGUUCCCGGAACGACCAAUUCCACCGUCAGCCGUCUGCGCAAUCCCUAUGUCGCCGGCCCCCCGCCCUGGGUCGACCUGGCGGGCGAGAAGGUCCUGCAGACCUUUGAGGAGUUUCUCGAGACAUAUAUGGAGGAACCGUCCUCUUCUGCACCCCCGCCGUCCUCGGAGAUCUACAGCGACAAGUACUACAUCGCCCAGAUCCAUGGCAUGGCCAAAUUCGAGCUCUCCACCCUCUACGUCGAUUACACCCACCUGACCGCCCUCGAUAACCCCAUUCUCGCCAAUGCCAUUGUCGAGCAGCACUACCGUUUCCAGCCCUAUCUCACCAGGGCCUUACAUAACCUGAUUGCCAAAUAUGAGCCAGACUACUUCAUCUCUCACCGUCUCGCCAAAACCGCUUCGUCGCAGGCCAGUACCUCUGCCGCCGCCCAUGAUGGCAGCACCGACAAGCACGACCUGGGAGACCGCAUCCAGGAGAAAACCCGCCAUCAGCAGACCGACAAGCUGUUUGCCUUGGCCUUCUACAACCUCCCGCUGGUCUCUCGUUUGCGCCAGCUCCGCACCGCACAGAUUGGACGUCUGCUCUCCGUCUCCGGUACCGUGACGAGGACCUCGGAAGUUCGCCCGGAGCUUUCUCUCGGAACCUUCAUCUGCCAGGACUGCCGAACCGUGUGCCCCAACAUCGAACAGACCUUCAAAUACACCGAGCCGCUGGAGUGUCCCAACCCCACCUGUGGAAACCGUGUGGGGUGGCGCCUGGAUAUUGGCAAGAGCACCUUUGUCGAUUGGCAAAAGGUGAAACUGCAGGAGUCUUCCCACGAGAUCCCCACCGGUAGCAUGCCUCGCACCAUGGAUGUCAUUCUCCGAGGUGAGAUGGUGGAUCGCGCAAAGGCUGGUGAGCGCUGCAUCUUCACCGGCUCCCUGAUCGUCGUGCCCGACGUGAGUCAGCUGGGCCUCCCCGGCGUUCGGCCAGAAGCUGUCCGCGAUUCCGGGAACUCUCGCAGUGGCGAUGCUGGUGGUUCUGGCGUCACGGGUUUGAAGUCGUUGGGUGUGCGCGACCUGACCUACCGAUUGGCCUUCCUCGCCUGUAUGGUAACCCCCGACACCACCACGCCCGGCCAGCAGUCGAACCAACACUUGAACGGCCAGUCACAGAACAUCCUGGCGUCGCUGAACCAGAACCAACAGCAGGAAGUGGACGAAGAAAAGGCCCAGGAGGCCCUCCUGCAGAGCUUCACCCCGUUCGAGGUUCAGGACCUCAAGGGCCUCGUCCACUCGGAGUACAUCUACUCUCGUCUGGUCGAUUCCAUUGCCCCCAUGAUCUAUGGCCAUCGUCAAAUCAAGAAGGGUCUGCUGCUUCAGCUCAUCGGAGGUGUCGCCAAGACCACCGAGCAGGAGAGCAUGCAGCUUCGUGGUGACAUCAACAUCUGCAUCGUCGGUGAUCCCUCCACGAGCAAGUCUCAGUUUCUCAAGUAUAUCUGCUCCCUCCAUCCUCGCGCAGUGUAUACCAGUGGUAAAGCCUCGUCCGCUGCAGGUUUGACUGCUUCGGUGAUCAAAGAUGCCGAGACGGGCGAGUUCACCAUCGAGGCUGGUGCUUUGAUGCUUGCAAACGGCGGAGGUAUCUGUGCGAUUGACGAGUUCGAUAAGAUGGACGUGAGCGACCAAGUCGCCAUCCACGAAGCUAUGGAACAGCAGACCAUCUCCAUCGCGAAAGCCGGUAUUCAUACCACCCUCAAUGCUCGUGCUUCUAUCCUUGCAGCUGCAAACCCAAUCGGGGGCCGGUACAACCCCAAGACUACUCUGCGCGCCAACCUGAACCUCAGCGCACCCAUCAUGAGUCGAUUCGAUCUAUUCUUUGUCAUUCGGGACGAACCAAACGAAGCCGUUGACCGUAACCUGGCCGAACAUAUCGUCAAUGUGCACAUGAACCGAGACGAGGCCGUCGAGCCCGAACUCAGCACCGAGCAGCUUCAGCGGUAUAUCCGCUUCGCCCGUACCUUCCGCCCCGUGUUCACCCCGGAAGCCAAGGCGCUGCUGGUGGAAAAGUACAAGGAGCUCCGUGCCAACGACGCUCAAGGCGGCAUCGGCCGAUCCUCCUACCGGAUCACGGUCCGACAGCUCGAGUCGCUGAUCCGUCUCUCGGAAGCGGUCGCCAAGGCCAACUGCGUCGAGGAGAUCGUCCCCAGUUUCGUCCGCGAGGCCUACGAUCUGCUCCGCCAGAGUAUCGUCACGGUCGAGAAGGACGACGUCGAGGUGGACGACGAAGAAGGCGGCGCCGGCGCCUCCCUGGCAGAAGACCACCAGGACGACCAUGAGAUGGUCGACCGGGACCGAGAAGGCGACAGCCCGAUGCGCGAUGACGUGGAGCAACAAAACAAGCAACAGCACCAGACCCAGCCGCGACAGAAGACCAAGAUCACCUACGACAAGUACAUGAAGAUCCUGAACAUCAUUGUCCGCCGCGUCAACGAAGAUGAAGCCCGGUCCGGCGAGGGUGUCGAGCAGGAAGACCUGAUCCUCUGGUACCUGGAACAGAUCGAGUCCGAGCUCAACAACGAGGAAGAUCUGCAGCGCGAGCGCGAUCUGGCCACAAAGGUCUUGAAACGGAUGGUGAAGGACAAUAUCCUGAUGCCCAUCCGUGGAGAAGGUCUCGUCGAUGCCCCGGAGAACCAGAACGAGUCACAUAAGGUGGUUUAUGUCUUGCAUCCUAAUUGUGCCGUUGAAGAAAUGUAAAUUUAGGGGGGGGGGGGGUCUUUAUUUUUUACAUGAUGUCUUCUUUCUCUUACUUUUAUGCAUGUAUCGGGCGGAAUUAAUCGGUGCAGGAUCAUGAAUGAUGAUAUCCAAUUUGACUGUUUCAUAUUGUUAUUCCUCUUCUUUCUGUUUUCCUACUGGGUAUACGGGGGUUUCAUACCUGGUCGUCAAGCUGAUAGACCUCGCAGGAUGAACUGACUUGAUGAUUCAACAAUUGCUUGUCUUAUGCUGAAAUGAUUAUGCCUUAACAAUGGAAUUCACCAUCUUGGGUCUUAUAUCUUCUCACUUGAAUGUUACUUCAACCACACGAUCUAUCACUUAGCCUAGAACUGAAUAUAUUCGCAUUACCUUG